AUGAACCUUUUAAUGAGAGAUGAAGUGAGUGAUCACCCUCAGUUCUCUGUGAUAUCAAUUACUGGCAUUGCAGGAGUUGGCAAAACAACUCUUGCUCAACUCGUUUACAAUGAUGUGAGAGCUGAGUUUGACUAUAAAGCAUGGAGGCUAUCAAACGAGGAGUAUUUAAUUGUUUUAGAUGAUAUUUGGAGUGAGAAUUAUGAUGAUUGGACUAAGCUUUGUAGUCCUUUUGUUGUUGGAGCUCCAGGAAGUAAAAUCAUCAUCACAACUCGUAAUGAAGGUGUUUCGAAACUGAUGGGUGCUGUAUAUGUUUAUUCAUUGAAGGAGUUGUCAUAUGGUGAUCGUUUUUCCUUGUUUACCCGUCAUGCUUUAAAUUCAAAUGAUUUUAAUGCAAGCACAGAUCUGAAAGAAAUAGGAAAAGGGAUUGUAAAAAGGUGUAAGGUUUUACACUCACUAAGGCCUCCUCAGAGUGUAGAAACAUUUUCAAUCAAGUGCUAUGGAGGUACAAGAUUCCCGUUAUGGAUGGAUGUUUCCAUGUUUGCUAAGAUGAUUGUAGGGUGUGAACAACUACUAUCAUUGGUUGAGGAAAGGGUAGGGUUUAAGAGGCUUUAUUCAUUUAUUAAGGGAGAAAAAGAUGUUUUGCCUUGCAAUCUUGAAGUUCUGAUUACAGAAGAUUGCAAUCACUUGGAGAAGUUGCCAACUGGGUUGCAGAAGCACACAUCUUUGAAGCAUCUGGAGAUCUCUUACUGUAACCUUCAGUCAUUGGUUAAGGUAAAGAAAGGGCUUCUGCCCUCUUUUCUUCAAGUUUUGAGUGUAAAAUGUUGUAAGAACUUGAAGAAUCUUGUAAGUGAGUUGCACGACCUCACAUCUCUCAAAGAUUUGAAGAUUCAAUAUUGCCAGAAGCUUAUGUCAUUUUCGACAAAAGGCUGGCUUGCCGUAUGGACUCCAACAUGUUAA